UGCAUUCCCACCCACCUACCGUUCUCCUUCCUCACCUCUGACCUCGUCUCUCAGCUCCUGUACUGUCCGAUACUUAUAGGCAUUAGAAACAGAGCUGCUUUUAAAAAAACAGAGCCUGCUAAAUUACCACAGAGAGAGAGAGAGAGAGAUGGGCGGUGCCGUGAAGGUGUACGGGGUGGGGGCGUCUCCGUUCGUGGCGACGGUGCUGUUGUGCCUGGAGGAGACGGGCGCAGACUACGAGCUCGUCCCCCUCGACAUGGCGGCGCGAGAGCAGAGGACUGAGCACCACCUCUCCCGAAACCCUUUCGGCAAGAUCCCAGUGUUGGAGGACGGAGAGCUGACACUCUUCGAAUCGCGCGCGAUUUCUCGGUACGUGCUCCGCAAGUACGCAUCGCCAGGAACCAAGGCCACCGAUCUCCUAGGAGAAUCCAGCGUCGAGGAAUCAGCCAUGGUGGACGUGUGGACGGAGGUGGAGGCCCACCAGUACCAGCCGGCCAUCGAACACAUCGUCCAGCAGUGCGUCAUCCUGCCGUUCAUCGGCGGCUCGCGAGACCAGGUCGUCGUCGACGAGAGCGUCGGGAAGCUGGAGAAGGUCCUCGACGUGUACGAGGCGCGGCUGUGGACGCACGCAUACCUCGCUGGAGAUUUCUUCAGCCUCGCCGACCUCGUCCACUUCGGUAUUACCUACUACCUGGUGGCCGGCACCGAGUACGCGACGCUGCUGGAGUCGCGCGCGAACGUGUGGGCGUGGUGGGGGCGGAUCAUGGCCAGGCCGUCGGUGAAGAAGGUGGCGCCGUUAAUCCACCUCUGGUUGAAGCCGUCUUCGUCUGCUUAAAUUUUUGUAUUGCAAUUCUAUUUUGCUAGCUUACCAACCUGACCGCUUGGUCUUCGUCUGGUAAACCGAACAUCGUACAUUCAGUCUACUAGAAUUAUAUAUGCGCGCCUUGCUGCGCGGUUCUAUUUUCCUAUCGUUAUUUGUUCGAUUGCUAAUUCACGAAUAGAUUCCUUGCUGCCCUAUUUGCGGGUCAGGGGUUGUUGUUCAUUUCAGGGGCCUUUUGUGUUUUGGCUUCCAUAAUUUUGGGGUGAGAACACUCUUUAUUGUAUUGCAGUAUAUGGUCAGAUGCUAAGACACAUCAUCAUUUAGUUGGUAGGAUAUUACUCAUCUUUUUA